AUGUAUGUUAAAAUUGAAACGGAGAGAUUAACAUUCAUCAGGUUGAAUCAAACCAAACUCCGAUCUGAAGAGUAUAUUCACCUUCGAGAUGCGAUUAAUACUGAUGGAAAUGCACAGAAUGUCGGUCGGAUGACUAUUCUUCCAGCAACAUACAUCGGAAGCCCUCGGCAUAUGCACGAAUAUGCUCAAGAUGCCGUGUCGUAUGUUCGUCAUUAUGGUACAGCAGAUUUGUUCAUCACAUUUACAUGCAAUCCGCAAUGGAUAGAAAUCAAGCAGGAGUUAUUCUCUGGGCAAUCACCCAUUGAUCGUCAUGAUAUUACAGCCAGAGUCUUUAGACAAAAGUUGAAAUCAUUAAUGGAUUUCAUCGUAAAACAUAAUGUGUUUGGUGAGACACGCUGCUGGAUGUAUUCUGUGGAGUGGCAGAAACGAGGAUUGCCACAUGCACACAUUUUGAUUUGGUUGGUUGAAAAGAUAAGGCCAAAUGAAGUUGAUGCAGUGAUAUCAGCUGAAAUCCCUGAUGUACAAGUAGAUCCUGGAUUACAUGAGGUAGUUAUCAAACACAUGAUACAUGGUCCCUGUGGAACUCUUAAUCAAAAUUCACCGUGUAUGAUGGAUGGUAAAUGUUCAAAACGAUAUCCACGGACAUUAAUAUCGGAAACAAUUACUGGUAAUGACGGUUAUCCAUUGUAUCGUCGCAGAUCGACAGCAGACAAUGGAAAAUCAACAAUUGUCAAAUUAAAUCAACAAGAUAUUGAAAUAGAUGAUCGUUGGAUUGUUCCAUAUUCACCCAUUUUAUCAAAGACAUUCAAAGCACACAUCAACGUUGAAUCUUGCCAUUCAGUGAAAUCAAUUAAAUACAUUUGCAAAUAUGUAACCAAAGGGAGUGAUAUGGCUGUGAUUGGAAUUGGUGCAGAGAAUUCCAAUGAUGAAGUUACCCAAUACCAAAUGGGCCGCUAUGUCAGUAGUAAUGAAGCAGUUUGGCGAAUAUUUUCUUUUCCUAUUCAUGAGAGACAUCCUUCUGUUGUUCACUUAGCUGUGCAUUUAGAAAAUAGACAAAGAGUGUAUUUUACAACACAGAACGCAGUACAAAGAGCUGCUCAGCCACCAUCUACUACAUUAACCAGUUUUUUUGAGACAUGCCAAAACGAUGAUUUCGCACAAACAUUGCUAUAUUCUGAAAUGCCAAAAUAUUAUACCUGGAAUCAAUCCUCAAGGAUAUUUAUACGACGGAAACAAGGAAAACCAGUUCCAGGAUAUACAGAUGAUAAAGAAGUGAAAAACGGUAAUGAAAAGAAGAAUGCAAAAGGAAAGGAAGGAAAAAGAAUGAAAAAUAAAUCAGUUUACGAUGAAGAGGAUGAAGUGUUUUGCCUGGUAUGCGUAUCCCUAUAUCCUGUUAGCAAGCCCAAAGAAAUCUGGAUUCAGUGCCAAGAAUUCAAACCUAUAAGUCACCAAACUUAUAGAGUGGUAUACAUGAAAUUAGCCCUAGUAAUUGUGACGGGGCGUAUAUUGGGCAGACUAAGAGAUCCGUUAAUGUCCGCUUUAAAGAGAAAAAAAUCGAGUAUUGCUGAUCACGCUUCUAGUCAUUAA